CGGCCCCGUAGCGCCCUGCCCCGCCUGCUGCUGCCGCUGCUGCUGUUGCCCGCCGCGGGGCCGGCCCAGUUCCACGGGGAGAAGGGCAUCUCCAUCCCGGAUCACGGCUUCUGCCAGCCCAUCUCCAUUCCGCUGUGCACGGACAUCGCCUACAACCAGACCAUCAUGCCUAACCUUCUGGGUCACACGAACCAGGAGGACGCGGGUUUGGAAGUGCAUCAGUUCUAUCCGCUGGUGAAGGUGCAGUGCUCGCCCGAACUGCGUUUCUUCCUGUGCUCCAUGUACGCGCCCGUGUGCACGGUGCUGGAGCAGGCCAUCCCGCCGUGCCGCUCCAUCUGCGAGCGCGCGCGCCAGGGCUGCGAGGCGCUCAUGAACAAGUUCGGCUUCCAGUGGCCCGAGCGCCUGCGCUGCGAGCAUUUCCCGCGCCACGGGGCCGAGCAGAUCUGCGUGGGCCAGAAUCACUCGGAGGACGGAGCGCCCGCGCUGCUCACCACCGCGCCUCCGCCGGGACUGCACCCCGGCGCCGGGGGCACCCCGGGCGGCCCUGGCGGGGGCGGCGCCCCGCCACGCUACGCCACGCUGGAGCACCCCUUCCACUGCCCGCGGGUCCUCAAGGUGCCUUCCUAUCUCAGCUACAAGUUUCUGGGCGAGCGCGAUUGUGCGGCGCCCUGCGAACCCUCCAGGCCCGAUGGCUCCAUGUUCUUCUCGCAGGAGGAGACGCGUUUCGCCCGUCUCUGGAUCCUCACCUGGUCCGUGCUGUGCUGCGCCUCCACCUUCUUCACCGUCACCACGUAUUUGGUGGACAUGCAGCGCUUCCGAUACCCGGAGCGGCCUAUCAUCUUCCUGUCUGGCUGCUACACCAUGGUGUCGGUGGCCUACAUCGCCGGCUUCGUGCUGCAGGAGCGCGUGGUUUGCAACGAGCGUUUCUCCGAGGACGGGUACCGCACCGUGGUGCAGGGCACCAAGAAGGAGGGCUGCACCAUCCUCUUCAUGAUGCUCUAUUUCUUCAGCAUGGCCAGCUCCAUCUGGUGGGUCAUCCUGUCGCUCACCUGGUUCCUGGCAGCGGGCAUGAAGUGGGGCCACGAGGCGAUCGAGGCCAAUUCGCAAUACUUCCACCUAGCCGCCUGGGCCGUGCCGGCCGUCAAGACCAUCACCAUUUUGGCCAUGGGCCAGAUCGACGGCGACCUGCUGAGCGGCGUGUGCUUCGUGGGCCUCAACAGCCUGGACCCGCUGCGGGGCUUCGUGCUGGCGCCCCUCUUCGUGUACCUGUUCAUCGGUACGUCCUUCCUCCUGGCGGGUUUCGUGUCUCUCUUCCGCAUCCGCACCAUCAUGAAACACGACGGGACCAAGACGGAGAAGUUGGAGCGGCUCAUGGUGCGCAUCGGCGUCUUCUCGGUGCUCUACACGGUGCCCGCCACCAUCGUCAUAGCCUGCUACUUCUACGAGCAGGCCUUCCGCGAGCACUGGGAGCGCUCGUGGGUGAGCCAGCACUGUAAGAGCCUGGCCAUUCCGUGCCCGGCGCAUUACACACCGCGCAUGUCGCCCGACUUCACCGUCUACAUGAUCAAAUACCUCAUGACCCUCAUCGUGGGCAUCACGUCGGGUUUCUGGAUCUGGUCCGGCAAGACGCUGCACUCGUGGAGGAAGUUCUACACGCGUCUCACCAACAGCCGGCAUGGCGAGACCACGGUGUGAAGAGGGACUCCGGGCGGGGCGCUCCCUGGCUAGGCUGGCACGGACUGGGCUUUCUUCUAUCCGAGGGAGGGUCCUUGCGGACUCCUAUUUUAUUUUUUUAAAAUAAAGAAC